ACUUGGAACCCAACUCAUUCUUACCCUCCUUUUCUCCUUUUGCAACUGCUACUUAUCAUUACUACAUAGUAGUUCCAAUCAUAUUGUUAUAGUAAUAUAUAGCAUUAUAUACCAUAUACUAUAAUCUAUAUGUUACAACUUACCAUAAAAAAACAACUUCAAAACUUUCAAAAAUCAACCCAAAACAAACGUUGGAAAAGUUUGAGAAAAGAUGAUCCAAGGAUGUUUUAGCAAUCCAGGGAGUCCACAUUCUAGUAGAAGUAAUAAUGUAGCAUCAACUACUUCAUCAAAAGAGUCACUUGUUACAUGUAUAUACCAAACUCGGUUAUGUGACUCACCGAUUUAUCUUACACUCACCUGGUCAAGAACUCCUUACUCACACACUAUCACAAUCCAUGCUCCUGAUUGGUUUUCCCUUACAAUAUCUAUCCAACCCUCGAGUUUUUCGAUAUUCCGAACUCGACCCGGAUCCAAAUCAAUCCAGCUAAACCAAACCCAUGAUCACUAUGAUGAAUCCAAGUUCAAAUUGUAUUAUGACUUCACUCGUGCCGAGUUCGCUCAGCCGAACUCGGCCGAGCCUGAGUCAAGAUUUUAUCUUGCAUUGACCUGCAACGGCAGGGUCGAGUUCUUCCUAGGGGAUCUCCACGACGAGUUGACUCGGCGACUCGGGCAUAACCGAGUCGCCGGAAACUCGCCCGAGUUAACUCAUCUGUCUCGAAGGGAGCAUGUUUUUGGACGUAGAAUGUACGUGACUCGGUCCGAGAUACUGGGUUCGACUCGGUUGAUCGAGAUCGACUGCUCCGGUGGAACGCUGAAGGUGAAAUUUGAUGGGGAGAUAAAAGUGAACGUAAAAAGAUUGGCGUGGAAAUUUAGAGGGAAUGAAAGAAUGGUGAUUGAUGGAGUAGGCGUGGAAUUUUAUUGGGAUGUGUUAAAUUGGGUUAAUAAUAAUAAUAAUAAUAAUAACAAUCAUGGUGGAAAUUUAAUGAGUGCGCAAAAAAAUGGGGUGUUUGUAUUUCAGGUGGGUGAAGGUGGGGUUUGGCCGGAAAUGGUGGGGCCGGAAAAAAAACUGAUGAGAAAAAAUUCGCCGGCGCCGGCAACGGCAUUGUCUCCGGCGGGGUCAUGCUCGAGUGUGUUGCAAUGGGCGGAAGAGAGUAGCGACUGUGGGCGGAGCUCGUCGGGUUCUUCUUCGACAACGAGAUCGAGUGGUAGCUUCGGCGGUGGUUGUGGUGGCGGCAGUGGUGGGUUUUCUUUGGUUUUGUAUGCAUGGAGAAAAGAGUGAAAAAAAAAAGUUAUUUUAUUUUUUGCAUCCUAGUGGAUUAAUUAUGGGUAAAUUUUGGGGUAAAGUGAAGUUAGGAAAUGUGGUAUUCUGGUAUGUAUGUUUGAUCAAUUGAUCAUAUUGUGUACAGUUUUCUUGUUUGUUCAAACAAAAUAUUUCUUUGUUUAGGUUUCAAUAGAGUUUAUUUAUCUUGCUAAAUUUGCAUAAUGGCAUACUAUCUCCUGAUUUGCUCAAUAUGGAAGUUGAAAUGUGUAUCUUUCUUUAUUCAAGAUAAAGUAAGAAAUAAAUCCUAAUAAGAUUCACUAUGU